GUGGUGAUAGUAGUGGUGCAUGGGGUGCACAGGCAGUCGCAUCUGACUCUAUAGUCCCAGGCUGACGCGUGAUAGUGCGGACUCAUUGAUAAAAAUAAAAAAAAAGAAAGAAAGAAAAAAAAAGAAAACAAGAACCCGUGCCGCUGGAAUUAAAAUGAGCACUCCUGCUGAGCGACUCUCCUCCUCCACAUAGCGCUGCCUUCUCUUCUCAAGAUCUGUUUUAUGUGACUCCAGCAGGCGACGCAGGAUGACUACUACCUUAUCGCUGGUGAUUUUGUGCGCUCUGAUGGCGCUAAUGUUGGCGUCUAAGACGGAGCGGGCGGUGCAGAUUCCCUGUCACACUGGCGAGUACACCAAGGAUGGAGAGUGCUGCAAUGAAUGCCCACCUGGAGAGGGAGUGGUCAAGAAAUGUGGCGCUACUCAGACUGUCUGUUCCCAGUGUUUGGACAGUGAGACCUACUCCGAGGACUACAGUCACACGGAGGAGUGCAAGCCUUGUACUAUGUGUACAGGUCUGAUGCGGAUGGAGACGCCCUGCACCGACUCCAACGAUGCCAUCUGCGUCUGCAACUACAACUACUUCUUCAGUACAAUAUCCGGUACCUGUGAGCCGUGCACUGUGUGCCCUGUGGGUCAGGGCGUGUACAUACACUGCGACCAUGACCACGACACAGUGUGUGAGGAGUGUGUGGACUCUACCUACUCUGAUCGGGAAAGUUCUCUUGACCCCUGCCUGCCCUGCACCAUCUGUGAAGAAGAGACAGAGGUACAGGACGCAGCUUGCACCCCUGUCAGUGACUCUGUCUGUCGUAAUCCUCUCCUCCCUCCAUAUUUCUCUACAACCCCUGAUAUGGGUCCGACUCUACCCUUCACCAAUUACCCCUUCCCCGACAGCCCCGACAGCCCAGACAGCCCGUUGCCUGGAGGAGAGACGACCACGUCAAGCGCCGGCUCUCCUCGGUUUCUCGGCCACGGCCUCAAUGAAAACCUCAUCCCCAUCUACUGCUCCAUCCUCGCUGCUGUGGUGGUCGGGCUGGUGGCUUACAUUGUUUUUAAGCGGUGGAAUAGUUGCAAGCAGAACAAGCAGGCAGCUAAUAACCGUGCGGCUACAAACAACCAGAUGGUAACACCGGAGGGAGAGAAGCUGCACAGUGACAGCGGCAUCUCGGUGGACAGUCAGAGUCUGCACGAGCAGCAGCAGCAACAGCAGCAAGCCCAGGCUGAAGUCCAGGCUCAGCCUUCACACUCACACACACCGGAACAGAUAGAGGUGAGGGUGGAUAGCGGUUCCCAGCCUGACUCGGCUCCCCCUGAAGUCUGAGCAAGAGGAGGAGGAAGAGGAGGCGUCAGAGCUGAAGACAAGGAGAAGAGAGUGUGGGGACCCUGAAUUGUGGUCCAGAAAGAAAGCAGGGGGUCCAUGCAGGAAAGCAAAACUGACUCUGAUUCAUAUCUGAUUUGGCCACAGAGGAUAAAGACUUGACUUGGAUGGACCUCCCAGCACCUUUGGGCCACAGUCUGACUCUUCAUCCCUGCAAACAGAGUCCAACUCUAUCUGUCAGUGUGCCUGGACAAGACCUCUACGGCAAUAUCAACCACUAUCUGUACCAAUGUCACUUCAGCUGCAGAUACAUAAUCGUAGAUAUGUCAGUGCAUCUCGUAUUAACUGAAUAUUCUAGUAUCUAAUGUUGACAUAUGACAUAAUUCUCACUAACUGCUAACCUUGCAUCCUCUACACCUUUCUAAGUUUUCCAUUUUCUCUCUAAUUCCAUUGACACUAGCCAUGAAACGUAUGUGCCUGACAGAUAAAUUGGCAUAAAGCGACUCCAUUAUCUCUUUUUUUUCUCUCUCUCUAUCUCUCUCUCUUUACCUGUGCAUCAAAGAGGCAGUGGCAACCUUUUCCUCUCACAUCUUCCUCUCUGGUAUCCCACUCCCAGAUAAUCUUCUGUGUCUCUCCAUAGGAUUCACUCUAUUAGACCCCCGCCGUCAUCUGCGAUACAAAACACGGCAUGGGAGCAGUGAGUCACUCCCAACUUCUUCUGAAGUUUGUAGGUCUUUUAUCAUUUACAGCAGACGCAUUUCAUGGCAUGUUGUAUUGCUAAAGGUUUGCAUCAUUGUUUGAGAUUGGCUGCUCCGACUGAUGCAAGUGACUCAUAUAUGGGAAGAAAGGUCAAUUACUGUCUAGCCUGGUCUGUAAUCAACUGUUUUUCCUCAGCAAGAUGCUUUUUCCUCAGUCUCUCUACAUAGACCCUUUCAUAAUGCCUGCAGGGAUUGUGUUUCUGUAAUUUCAUGCUUAUAAUGUUACGUACCCAAAUGUUUGUCUUCUUGUUUGGGGGCGCAUUAUUUUCAUUUUAUGGUUUAAAUAAUACGGCUGAUUCAGCGGGGUGCCUCCACGGUUAUCUCUGGAGGUUGGAUGUGCAACCUGAGAGAAACAUCUCUGGACUGUGGAGCUCUGCUGACUCACUCUGAUGAGUAGAUUUCUCUGAGGGGGAAACAAAGCCAAAAAAAAAAAAAAAGAAAAAAAAGAAAGGGGGAUCUGUGACGUCAUGGAUGAUUUUGCAGACAGCUCAGCUCAUUAAACAGACACUUUAAUGCUUCAGAGCUUAAAAAAAGAAGAAAAAAAGAUUGCAGCAAGGAAUCCCAUCUGUCAUUCUUUACACUUGCUGAGUGGAAAAUUGGGACACCCCUCUGAGGCAAACGCUCUUUUCACUAUUACCAAAAACCACUGCUAAAAUCUUCAUAUACUCACGCUUAUAAAACCCCGUCUGCGUGAUAGAGCUUGAUAAACAGUGUUGAGGUGAUAAUGCAUCGUCGGCGGCACUCGCGUCAACACAGGGCCCAUUAGAGAGACAUCCUGACAGGCAGGUAGUAAUUACCUCAGGGUUUCAGCUUCAUUUACCCUCUGCUCCACUUCGCUCAGCAGCCUCUCAUCGGGAUUAAUGCUGCGGACAGCAAAGGGGAGACACGGCCUUCUCUUUGAAGCGGCAACGUGGCAUUACAGAUCUUUUAUCCAGGAUUGUGGCCACUGACAUUUACUAUAUUGCCAUAGUGAUAUAGAAGCACUUAGUCUGGGCUUAUUUCUAAGGCUGGGUGGCACAUUUUAUCACACUGGAUCACCUUUUAUGUUACACCCCCCCCCCCCCUCCACACACACACACACACACACACACACACGCACUUCCAGUUACUGUAAACGCAGCCGACACAUAUAUCUUGUAAAGGAAGUGAGCUUGACUGCACUGCUUUAGCGUUCAUUCCUAAAGGGGCACGUAUUUUCCUCAGGGUCCCUCCUGUUGUGGCACGAUAAAGAUUUUUAACAUGUCUGCAUAGGAUUUCUGUCAACAAUCUGUCGACGUAAGAUACAGUAAGCAGGCAGGCAGGUACACAUGUAAAGCAGCUGUUAUGUUGGAAAAAUGAAAAUUGUAGAAAGAUACGGGUUGAUAAGAGUAUUUGCAAAUUCCAACACGAUUCAGAAAUGGAUCCGUUUUAAGGCGAUAUAAGAUGAUUUACUAGUGAGCAGAGCUUGUGCAGUAGAUAAGAGAAGUCAGCAAGAAGAAGUGAUUAGUGUAAGUCAUUUUAUCCUGCUGCAUGGAUUAGUCACAUGAUCACCAACAUCGCAAGACAAUUAAACUUUCCGCCCUCCUCACAUGUCAUUCAUUCUGUAUCAAUGCAGCGAAAUGAACUGAGGCAAAUAAAACU